AAAGCGAAUUGUACCACCCGAGCGCAGUAGAACGAAAGUAAAAAAAAUAUGGUGGUUAAUCUCGGUUGUUUUGUGUAGUUUUCCUCGGUUUUUCCAAUAUUCAAAUACAAUACGUUGAUUUCCAUGCAUUUUCGUGUAACAGUUCUAUCACAUAAUGCCGAAAUUCUGGUGUGAAACAUAUAAAUUGUUUAUGAAAUGAGUUGACGUUUUACUUUGUACUAAAAUGGCGGAUAUUUUAACAUAAUUAAGAAAAAAGUGUGAGUGAAGAGAAGAAAAUUUUCGUGUUUGUUGCUAGUGAGCAUAAAAUAAUGAACGCGGAUGAGAUAUUGGAUGAGGAGUUCGAGGAAGGAUCCGACGAUGCCGACAACGAGUUCCAGUAUCUGAAUGACCCGUCGUCAACGCAGCCUUCAUCUGGCCCACCAUCAACACCAAAUUCAUGCACGUCCUCGCCGCCUAUCAACCACAGUGAUGAAUCGCCCGUAUCUACUUUCUAUUCGCAAAACGGGAAUACCCUGGUAUUCAGCGGCGGUAAACCAGUCUACGGAACCAAGCGUGGCCCUGGUCGACCGCGAAAAGAGUACCCUGGUAUGCGUGGGGCUAUGCGUGACGCGCGUGCUAUCAUGAAAAGAUGCCGUGGUGGCAUUUUCAAAGGAGUACCGGCAAAACGGAAAUUCCCAGGCAAAGAAGAGCGGCAAUCAUUUAUAUUAAACAAUAAUGGCUCACAAUCACAAGAAGGCAGUUUUCUAUCAACAUCUUCAAAAUCUCCACCCACUGAGUUUUUGAAUAACAGCACAGAAUCAAUUGCAUCGACGGAGGUAGGUGAUAAAGCGAUGCAAGUUGUAGAGGAACCACCGUAUUUUCCAGAAAAAUGGCCUGGGAAAGUUUGCGUUCUUUGCAAUCUAGGCGAGAGAAGUCAAUUGGGCCAGGGUGAAAUGCUUCGAAUGGAAAUCAGUGAAGAGGAUCGCGAGCUAUUUCGUACAGACUCACCAAAUUCAGAAGAUAAAGAAGCAUUUUCGAAUGAUAUGAAUACCAAUUCGAGUACAUUCCCUCAAUUUAGUAAUAGAAGGCAAAAGGGGCUAAACAAGUGCAAAAAUCCUGUGAACACAUCAGAAUAUGUAGAUGAAUUAGAUAAAAUCGGGCAUUUUGAUUCGAUGGAGAUGUCGCAAAUAAUGGAUGGCAAUUUUUAUUACAUACAUAGAUCGUGUGCGACAUGGUCGUCUGGAAUUUCUAGAGAUCCUUCUGGAGCAUUGGGCAAGGUAGCAUAUGUGGUUUCACAAAGUUUGAGAAGAAAAUGUGCAUAUUGUAAUCAUUUUGGCGCGAGUGUUGCAUGCAAGAUGGCUUGUCCAAAAUUCUUUCAUUUUCCUUGUGUAGCGGCAUCAGGCGGAUUUCAAACCAUUCAAACAUACGUUUCAUUUUGUAAAGAACAUUUAGGUCAGGUUCCCAUCAUAUGUACAGAUGAUAUAAAUUGUCGAUCAUGUUGCGGACUGGGCGAUGUGUCCAAUUUAGUAAUGUGUUCAAUAUGUGGCGAUCAUUACCAUGGGACAUGUAUAGGUUUGCCACAGUUACCAGGAGUUCGAACUGGUUGGCAAUGUGUAUCGUGUCAUAAGUGCCAGAUCUGCAGAGUACCUGACACCAACGAGGGUCGGUCGUUGAGCUGCGAACAAUGUCAUAAAGUCUAUCAUGCAAAUUGCUUACGACCGAUUAUGACGUCCAUACCAAAAUAUGGAUGGAAGUGUAGACGCUGUCGAGUAUGCUCGGAUUGUGGGUCACGAACUCCGGGAGCAGGUGCAUCCUCGAGAUGGCAUAAUCAUUAUACAGUCUGUGAUUCGUGUUAUCAACAAAGAAACAAAGGAUUCUCGUGUCCUAUUUGCCAUAGAGCGUAUCGAGCUGCUGCGUAUAGGGAGAUGGUGAAAUGUAAUCUGUGCAAUAAGUUCGUACAUAGCACUUGCGAUUCGGAAGCCGAUUUAGCUGUUUAUCACGCACGAAAAGAAAACAAUCCUGAUUACGAUUAUGUGUGUCCGCCAUGUAAGCAACUAAUACAAAGUGGACGCCUGAACCAAGCUCUCGUACGUCGUAAUAGUCAUUUCGAUGAUGAAAUGAUGACCAACUCGCAAGACAGCUCGUUGUGCCUUGACGACUUGGAGAGUCCAGAUGCUUUGGAAAAGAAUGCUGAUUUUGGGCUUGGGAAAGGGAAGCCAUAUGCCAUGAAAAUAUCUAAAAAACGAAUUGGCCUUCCGUUUGGUCAAAUGACUAAGGCUCGGGGAAAGUUAGGUUUUGGAAAGCGGUCAAGGUUCUCAGAUUUUGGACGAAAGCGUGGGCCUAAAGCGAAAAUGAGAGGAAUAUUCGGCGUUCCAGGAUUAAGCUUGCAGCGUCCUACGGCUGAGGCAAACAAAAUGGAAGACGAGCCAGGAAUUGAAAAUCGACUUGUCUUGUGCUCGGCAAAAGACAAAUUCAUUUUGACGCAAGAUAUAUGUGUGAUGUGUGGCGCUAUUGGUACCGACUAUGAAGGAUGCCUUAUAUCAUGUACUCAAUGUGGCCAAUGCUAUCAUCCCUACUGCGUUAACGUGAAAGUGACGAAAGUUAUACUUAAGAAGGGUUGGCGGUGCCUAGAUUGUACGGUGUGCGAGGGUUGCGGUCAGAAAAACGACGAAGCGCGCCUGAUUCUUUGCGACGAAUGUGAUAUUUCAUUUCAUAUUUAUUGUAUGGAUCCUCCGUUAGAAUUUGUCCCUCAGGGUAACUGGAAGUGUAAGUGGUGUGCAGUUUGUCAGAAGUGUGGUCGUGAAUCUCCAGGAAAGAAUUGCACCUGGAAAAAUAGUUAUUCGGAAUGCGGUCCAUGUGCAAGUCAAGCUGCAUGUGCUGUUUGUUCAGAAUCGUAUAAUGAGGGUGAGUUGAUCAUUCAAUGUGCGAACUGCGAACGAUGGUUACAUUGUAAGUGCGAUUCGAUUAAGAAUGAAGAUGAAGCAGAAAGGUGUGACGAUGACAAUUACCACUGUAUCCUCUGUCGACCGAAAGAUGUACCUCCAUUACACUUGCUUCCAGUAAAAAGUGAGGCACCCACUCCAAAGCCAGUGGAGAACCCCCCAAAAGUAGAAGACCCUGUCGAUACGGUUGUCUACCAUGGGCUGGAAGGUUCACACUUUAUUGAUGGAGUAUUCCUAAGUGAACAUGGUUUAGGUUCAAUUAAAUCGCUUCAGCUGGAGUAUAGUCGAAAAAAGCGUAAACAAAAAAUAACUCCGGACUCAUCUUUAAAUAAUAAAGACGCUGGCAUUCUGGCAUCGAUAGAAUCAGUCGUUGCUGGAAGUGGGGUGGAUGCUUUAAAUGACGACACAAAAGUCGAGCUUCUGGAUCCAAAGGAGGAGGCGGAAAUUUACAAGGACGGCAUGGUUUGGGAAAGGUCUGAUGGAAGCCCUCCCGAAGGUUUCGCUCUAUGCACCAAUGAACAAGGAGUUGUUGUUCUCAGAAAGAAACGGCAACGAAACCUGCAAAAGGUUGGAAUUGGAGGCUUUAAUGUACGCAACCGAACAAUGAAGAAAGAUAAGGACGACUUCGAAGAUCAUGGGGACAACACAACUACGGGAUCAAAUGAAAAUACACCAACAGAUAAGAAGAAAAAACCAAUACGAAAGCGUCAGAAAAAUAAACUGGCUGAGACAUAUCCAGUCUACUUGCAGGAAGCAUUCUUCGGAAAACCUCUGCUGGACACAUCAAAAGCCAAAUUCGAAUCAGAAAGUAGCGACGAUGAUGCUAAGAGCAAUGUUUCGGAUGACAAGAUCAUUACGCUUUCGCCUGAAGAGCUGAAGAUGUUGGAAAGUAUGAAAACUGAGGACAAAAGUAGUACAGCUGCGCCAACAAUGACACCUACAAUGGAAAAUAAUAGUUUCGCUGAUGUGAAGAACAUUAUGGUUAAAUCAGCCUCCAGUGAGCUCCCCUUGCAAUCACCUCUCGUGCCGCCUGUGACAGCAACGCAAACAGGCGACGAGGAUAACGAUGCCGAUGCGGAUACACUGAAAGAUUUCCUGCCGCAAGAUUUGCUAGAUGCCGAUUUAGUUAAUUCCAUCAUCAAUGAUGACGAUGAUCUAGUGAAAAAUAGCGAUUUAGGAGUGCAAUAUGACUCGAAUGUAGGCUCUCGUGAAGAUGAUCUCCCGGUACUCGGUCCGAACUUUAAUUUAGAUUCAAUUGGAAUCAAUAGUCAAGAUGUUGAAGAAAUAUUCCAAGGUGUCAUAAAUCCAGAACCAAAGCAAUAUUCAAGCAUUAUCAAGCAAGAAAAUCCAGUCAUUUCUCUAGCGAAUAAUCAAUUUCCUAAAACCACUCCACCAACAGACAUUCAGUUUGUUUCCAGUGGUGUCAUGGAGGACGUCAAACCGCCUCUGGUUAUGAAUAACUUCCUUCCUGUACAGCAAUCAUUUCCGAACAACAAUGAUAUUAAGAACAUCGACCAAGUUCAAGUACAUUCAACAUCUUCGACACCGACUCCCAACUACAUCAGUCAAAACAGCCAGAAUACCAGUUCGAACUCAUCGAUGAGCUUCACAUCCACGUCAUCAGUUCCAAAUGUUUGGUCGUCAAAUUCACAGAGUCCACGACAAAGUAUUGACUUCGUUACCAGCCAAACUGAAGAGCCAGUGGCCUCAGCAUCUGCAACCCAAAGUUGUACUAUGAAGUCAACGGAGAGAAUGCGUCGUGAUGAAGAGCUUGGCGAAAUGGCAACCAUAUCGGCCGUUCUUUAUGCGAAUACCAAUCAUCCGGAGCUCAAGCUUGACUAUCCAAACUGGUCUGAUCGCCAGAAACAGAUCUAUAAGAAAUGGCGGGCCUUGUCAAACGAGAAGAAAGCACCUUUCCUGCAGCAAGCACGUGAUAAUCGCACGGCGUUAAGGAUGAGGAAGAAUCAACAGGUAAUAAUUGAUCAAGAGAAGAUGACAACCCAACAAAAAUCGUUGAAAGAACAAGAACAAGAAAGACAAUGGAAACAACUCCAAGCUAUGCGAGCCAAAGAACAACAAUUACAGCAAUUUACUACACAAGUUUCAGGACAAACAUCGCCGUCUAUUAUGCCCAACAACAAUCCACCAAACUUUGUUCUUGAUCAAAAUAUUCCCAUGGAAAAACGUUCUCCAUACAAUCCUAUACAAGGGACCCCCCGUCCGCAGUUUAAUACUGAUAUUAUACAACCAACUGUUUACGCUACCCGUUUGGAUGCAUAUCAACCACCUAGCAUGCAGUUGAAUACAUCAGCACAGGAUAAAAUCGGGCCUGCGAAACCACAAGAAAAUAACAAGCAACUAAGGGACUUAUUACAGAGGCAGGAGAGCAUUGGUGGUCUUAUGAGCAAUCCAAACACGGUACUUAACGUCACUACACCAGGAACGCAGCAAAUUCCUGGUCGCUGGAAUAAUCCCGAUGAAAGCAGCUUGAAUACCAAUCAAACUCCACAAUUCAGCAGUAGCACGUUUAGAGAACCGUUCCCAGUUACAUUGCAAGGUAGAAAUCCGAAAGUGAUCAAUAGUAAUCCAAAUACAAUUCGUAUGCCCGUUACAACUGGUGCUGAAAUGGCAGGAACCAACCAACAAUUCCAUCAUACAAAAAUGAACAUCACCCUUGACAACCAGUGCGAUGCAGAAAAGAAAAUGGACCCGACAGCUACGAACUUAGUGAAUCAGAAAAUGCAAGUAACUGCCACAUCACAGGGCAAUCUACAACACAAAAUGAAAGUCAAAGACAAUAUGCCGAAAGGGAUGGGUAACGUUGGAACAGAAAUACCUGAUAAUGUGACGGCAGAACUGGAGAAAUUGGAACAGGAGGAGAAUGUGGCAAUCGGAGAAGUAGAAGGUGUUGGUGAUAUUCUAGGUGGAUUAGGGGAAGAUGAUGAUGAGUUGAUAAAAUCAUUGACAGCGGAAAUGGACUUUAAUAUUCUGGAAUAUGCGGAUCCGGAACUGGACGCGUUGGCUGGAGGUGAUAAUCAAAAUCUUUUGGAUAAAUUGGACUUUGACGAAGGCGAUCCAGAAAUGAAGAAGUCCACGACAGAGAACAAAUUUGUUAUGCAGCAACGAUCUGAAGCCCCCACGGUGCAGGUUGAACGGCAAACAAUGGCACAGUCCACCAUGCAAAGCCAAAUUAUCAGUCAGGCCCCACCACGAUACAAUAACACUAUCACUCAGCAAAAUUCAAUGUGCCAAAUGCCUUCGCGAACGGCACUUCCACCACCUCCGCCACCAUAUCCUGGUCCACCACCUCCUUAUCCAGCCAACACAAAAAUUGUUCGUCAACAGGAUCAACCUUUGCUUCUAGAAGAUCUAGUGGAACAGGAAAAGCGCGAACAACAACAACAGCAGCUAACAUCAUCAAUAGUUGCGGGACAACUUACGGAGAAGAAAGUGUUCAUUACUAAGGCCGAUAAUGUUCAUCGAAAUGUAGCGCCGGUUAUGAAUACAUGGCGGAAGAAUCCCAGUGAAAUUCUACAGAACUCCAAUAAUAUGAUGAUGAAUAUUGACCCUAAACAGAAGAAAGAAAUUCCAAACGUUGCGCCUCCCAUAAGCUUCAAUUUUCAACCAGCCCCACCGCAACCUCCAGAAAAUAUCGUCACCGAACAAGACCGAAUGUUACAGGUUAACUAUGAACAGUGGCUGAACAAUCAAAACGUCGCUCUGGAGAACCAGCUGAAGCAUUUUGAGGAUAAAAUAACGAAAAUUCGCAAAGUUCGCAAGUCACUCAACAGCAAGCAACGCCUUGUUAAGAAAUCUGGUGGUGAGUUGCUACCGCACGAUGCCAAAGAACUAGCAAAAAUAAUAGCGGAGCAACCUGGUAUCCAGAAACAGCUUGAUAAUGCGAAGAAACAGUGCAAACAGCAUAAACUCUUAAUGCAAGAUUAUAAAAGCAAACAUUUGUCGAAGAUUCAAAUGCCUUCACCGAAUAUACCCUCUCCUGCUCAGAUGACACCACAUUCGCCCAUGUUAUCACCGUCGACAAAUUCGCAAUCGUCUCUCAUCAUGAGGACAUCACCUUCUCCAUCAUUGGGGGCAUGCUCCAUGCUGCAAUCAACUAGAAGUCCAAUACAAUCUCCAAGUCCCCUUCUCUCACAGAGUCCAAUUGGCAUAUCGCAAAGUCCAGUGCAUCAGUCGAACUCAAAUCCUUCGCCUUUCAAUACGGUGCAGACAUCACCAAGGAUAGGAACACCACAUUCACAAAUUGAUGAAAAUUCAUUUAGCCCUUCUGCCACUAUGUCAUCUCCCUCGUCAUUGCCUGGGCGCCACGCAUCUCCUGCACCACGGAUAACAUCCCCUCAGCAUAGGAUAAAUGUUCAACAACUACCUAACAGAAUCGCCACUAGUCCAGGCCAUUCAUAUAGCACGAUAAUCCCAUCGCAAAAUUCAAAAUUCAGUGCACCUCAUCCACACCACGAUCGUAUAAGAGUUCAAAUUGGGCAGCAGCAACAACAUCAACUUCUUCAUCAAACUCAAAUGACUUUGGAUAAUCAACAGCAGUCGCCACACCAACAACAGCAACAUAUCAUUACAUCACUUCAGAUGCAAAAUUACCAACAGCAGUCUUCUGACAUGAUGCAAACGCAGCGAAUUCAUUUCUUACAGCAACGGCCAAUCAUAAAUCGUCAAGUUAGUCAGAAUUUGAUUGGCCAAGUAAUGAAUAAGCCGAAAAAUCAGCAGCAGGGUCAAGUUUCAUCUCCCAGCCCAAGUCAUAUAAGCCCGUCUCCGUCUUCACCGCUGCUUCAGUGUUCGAUUCAACAGAGUCCGAAUAACUUUGUACUUAAUUCACCUGAUGCACAGUAUAUGCAACAGUGCGGGGACGGCAAUUUCAAUCGAAACAAUCAAGAUGCUAGUGGCGGAGGAAAUAAUGGAGGUGGCGGUGGGUUGUCAAGUUUAAAUAGCGGUUUUCUACCUUACACUGGUGGCGGGCCAUCUGCUAGGUAUGGACGAAUUCGAUUAGGAUUGUUCGGAGGAUCUCCAAUGUGGAAUCUUUCUAACAACAUAAACCAGAAGAUCAAUUUGGAAAGAGCAAAGUGUAGUGGAGACAGUUCAUCAAUUGUCAUAGAAAAGUCGAAUGGAAAAGAACAUACAAUGGAUGGUUCGGCGUCGUUGUCCAGUAAUGCAACUAAUUCCACCCAAUUGACCAAAAAUAGUGAAGAAGUUGUGAUCAUUGACAGUAGUCCUGAUGAGAAGCAACAGAUGAUGGACUACGACGACUACCAAGAUAAAGCAGUCGUUGCGGCGGAAGUGUCGUUGAGUUCUGUUGCUCAAAACAUCGGCGACAAUGAUGACAUAACAGUGAUUGAGCGCUUUACACCUUCUGAUUUAGAACUUACAGGAAUAGUUUCUAGCCCACUAGAACCAUCUGAAGGACCUGAGCAAUAUGAACUGUUUUCAUCGGAUGUUGUAGAUUAUACCGGUGACGAUUCGUUAAAGCAAAACAUGAUAUCGCACCAAGAUGAGAUGACAAAGAGGGGUGAAAAUAGUUUCGAGAAAGAUUUCGAGAGAUCGAAACAAGAGAGCAGGUCGGAUGCUCCGGAAAAUAAUUUACAACUUAAUAAGGUGACAGAGGUUAACUCUAUGCCCAACAACAAGCCCAAUCAAAUCAUACAUAGCACAGCUGUUAUAACUUCUCAACACUCAAAUAAUCUCACGACUUCUCAAGAUUUCGAAGCUUUGAUUGAUAGUAAAGUUCUGAAAGAAGGAAUAAUCCUGUCGAAGUCCACUUCAACCGAAACCCUCAGUUCCAGUCUCAGUACUGCGAACGCGAUCACGAGCCGAACAUCCCAUAUCGCUCACGUAGCCAGUUCGGGUUUGAUGACAAUCAACAGGAUACCCUUCACUACAGUUCAAUGCGGGUUAUUGUCAGGGAACUUAACACAAACCACAAAUUGUACAACAUUGAAGGUGACCCCGAAGAAAGUAAGUGACGUUGCCACCACCACAACAAAAGUUUCUUUCGGGAACACAACAAUAGCGGUUCCUCUCAUAAAAAACAUGACUAUCACCUCGCCGCACAUUCUCACUACGGACAAACAGGGCAAAAUCCAACCAAGUAUAACCCUGGGUAAACAACCCACUAUUUUAAAUGUCCGUGGGACAAAACUGAAUCAUGGAACAAUCGUUUCACUUUCGCCACUUCAUUUAAAGUCAGCACCAAAUGCGAAAUUCGUCCAGGCGACGGUGGUCGGGAAAAAAUUACAAAUCCCUCAAACAACGUCUGUGGACAAUGCGGCGAAACAAACUUUGAUCAACACCUUAAAUUUUUCUAAAUUUUCCCAGAUAGCACUGUUGCAAGACAUGACCCUCCCCACGAAAAUUUUGGAAAAUGAACCUACCUCACCAGAAAAUCCUUCAGAACAAGACGACGCAGAUACAGCUCUGGGUAAAAAAUCAGACUCUGAUCUACCACAAAAUAUCGUUGUGAAUAAAAUCGUGGAAAGCAAUUCAAAACAAAGAGAAUCUCCUGUGAGUAGAGCAGAAGAUGCAAAGGUUUCUGCAACCAAUCGAAUAGAAUCGACACAAAAAGAAGAAGGAUCACUGAAACAGGAAACAAAUUGCAACAAAGAUCCGCAAAAGCUACAAACUCGAUUGAUUUCGGUAGUGCCUCAACUUUCGCCUCUAUCUCAACCCACGGAAAUGACUACGAAUAUGGCUAAUGUUUCACAGCAGCUUCGAACAAUAAUGUCAAGUAUAAAUUCAAAUCAACAUGAUCAAAAGGCUCAAUGUGAAAACGAAGUGAAGAAGGAAUCUCCGAGAAUGACGAUAGAAAACAAAGUGGAGAAACCACUGCAAACAAUCCAGCAUCAGUCGCAACACCAACAUCAAUCACAGCAGCAGCACCAAUUACAACAGCAACACCAAUCACAGCAGCAGCAUCAAUCACAGCAACAGCACCAAUCGCAGCAGCAGCACCAAUCACAGCAGCAGCACCAAUCACAGCAACAGCAUCAGUCACAGCAGCAGCACCAAUCACAACAGCAGCACCAAUCGCAGCAGCAGCAUCAGUCACAGCAACAACACCAAUUGCAACAGCAACAACUACAACAAUCGCAACAAACCGACGAUCAGAAGGAAGCAAAACCAGCUAGUCAGAUGAACGAUAUGCCAGUCACAAUAGCAAAAUCAAUCUCCUCCGCCUCAAACAAGGUCACUUUCCUGUUGACAAACACUUCGGGAACAACGACGCAGUUCCAAACGAUAGUGAACGCGGCAGACUUACAGGCGAAAAAAUCGAAAGUUGUAGUGCCCACAUCCAUGCUGGCUACACGACUUCCUUCUGCUAUUGUGAUGACUACAAUACCAUCCACGGCAUCCACGAACAUUACGCACCCCUCUUCGGAUUCGGUAAUAACCACUCAGAACAAUCAAGACGCGUCGAAAAAACUUAUAAAGCCUCUACAGGCACAUAUCACAUCCACACAUUUGAAACGGUCAAAAUCAACGGAUGACGGCAUUGAGCGAGAAAAGGAAAUCCCGGCACAAAUAACUGGUGCGAAGAGAUACAGCCUUGAAGUAGUCCCGUCGAAAGGGGAAGGUUCAGAACCAACUGCUGAUAAUUCACUAACAAGCCAAAGUCAGAAUAAUCAAACCAAAACAAAUAUUCAAAUCCAAACAACGGGACCCGCUGAUCAGUCAAUUAAUGGAUGCAAAAUAUCAAAUGUAACCACACAACCCACUAAGUCAGACGAUUCUCAAAAUGUGCUGCUAAAACAAUUAUUGCAAAACAGCACAAGCUCAGCCAACACUCCUUCAGCGCCACAAGUGUUGGCUACACGUAAAGGGCCGGGCUUACGAGCACCAAGUCUUGGGUUGGUUAGUUCAUUACAAGCACAACUAGCUCGUCCUGUAAUUCCACCAGUUCCAACUACUCCUCCAAGCAUCUUAACUGCUACAUUAGCGCAUCCAAAUAUCAAGGCUAAUAUGGAUAUGCAACAAAAAGAAAUGUCUGAGGAGAAUAACAAGAAAUCUGUGCAAGUAAUUUCGCGAGAAACUUCCUUUGUUUCAAAUCCAGUAGCAAAACCUCCAGCAAAAACACCGGAACCCGUUCCAGUUCAAGAGAAAUUUAUGGGUCAACAACAAACUAGUUUUGAGUUACCAACGAGAACGUCGGCACCUGCAAAACCAUCGGAAUCAAAACCAACGAUGAUGCAUCGAAUGAAUUCAGAUCCACUUCCAGUUGAACGAAGAACGCCGAAGCUGGACGAAGAGAUGAGGAAAACGCCAUCGUUGACCGAUAGUUUUGACACUUCGAAAUCUGAUUCCAAUGAAUCUCCGUCAUUGAAACGACCGAACUCAACCUCUCUGCCUUGUUCGACUGCUGGUGAAACACCCACCGAGGAUACCGAACCAACUACAAAGGAUGACAAAUCGAAAUCGGCUGACAUCGAAAGCACGAUUGAGUUGAAGAAGAAAAAGAAGCGUGAGUACCAGAAAAACAGGCGACAGAUGCAGUUGUUAAACAAGGAGCUAUCAUUCUCCAAGAAGCGUGCGAGGAAAAUAUCUAAAGUUGAUGGCGAUUAUGAUAUGUUCAUUGAUAAUUUGAUGACCCAGCUUCGUCAAAUGCCUCCACUGCAAGUUCUCGAACCUCUUUUAAGUCGAAACUAUGGAAUUUGUCCACCCUAUGGUGCUGGAGAUCUAACGAAACUAAGCAAUGCUAAAGAUGGCACCCAAUCGGCUGAUAUUCUUCAGGGCGACUAUGGCAAUGUAACAAGUACAAAUAUUAUAGAUUUUUACAAUACAAAACCAUUUGGACCAUUUGAAAUGCCGCCCGAACAACAAAAUACCGCCAUUCAAAACGGUUUCUACGAUCAAGAAUUUUCACCAAUUAGAUUUGAAACGGACAAUGAUGAACGAAUGGAUUAUAAUUCGCGUGAAUGGGAUGUUGAUACUCCGGAAAGUAUAGUGACUAGUUCUAGUCCGGAAUGUGUGAUGUGGGAGCCGAUUUUACCAUUUCCGGGAUUGCGUGUUAUUAAUGAGGAUGACGAUGAUGAGCAGCCGUAUAGUAGGAUGUCUCCAAUUGUGCCGGUUAUUGCUCCAAUUCCGAUUAAAUUGAAAACGGGUAUUGAUUUGUCAAUUGAUCGGAAACUUCAUGACAAUAAUAAUAAGGAGAAUAGCAUGUACAAUGAAUGGAAGAAUAGACUUGGACAACCAGCAACGCCAGCGAAAGAUCCGAAUGUAACAGUGACCCUAACAUUAACAUCGUCUGCGGCCGAAGACAUAAUGGGCGUACUCCGUGAUUUAGCCAACAUUCUUCACAUACCCGCACCGACCUCAUAUCAAAUCGUUGAACGUACCACGACGCCACCUAGUCAGAAGUUGGGCUUAUAUCGAACAAAAGGAAAAGACGGUAAGGAAGGUGAUCCGAUCGACAUACAGACUAUACUUAAUGGUGCUGCAAAGUUCUGUCGACAUUGUGAUGUAGUUAUACUAAAUACUAUCAUACGAGCGAAAGCCAGUGAAUUUCCACUGCUAGCGUCCAAUAAUGAACUCUUAAAUAAUACCGAUGAUUUAUACUUUUGUAGUAAGAGUUGUUAUAAACAAUUUAAAUGGCGACCAACUAAUAUAAUCGACGAUAAUUAUAAUUUAAAUUCAAAAUUAAAUAUAGCAUUGGAUAACAAUCGAUUCGGGACGGACGGGUAUCCAGAUGUGAAAUCAAUAAAAGUUGAACAUCCCGCCGGCGGUGGUAAAAACGCGCGAAAAGUCUCGGUAGCUGGUCUCGACGAUAAUUACCAUAAAAGCAAAAUGAUGAAAUUGUCGCAUGACACGAAUAGUAACAAUAAUAAUCGACAGCGAUUAGACGAGUUAGUGAAAACGGAUAGUGAGAAGCCGCAGAAAGCGUCUAGAUAUCGCUACUAUUCGGCAAACGUGUUCACCCCGUCGAAGUGUAAAAAGCCGACUGAAAAGGAAAUAACCGACAUGCUGUUCCGGAUGAAUAUAACUGUGGCGCCUGUCAACAAGAUGCCUGACGAUACGCGACAAUGCAUAUUCUGCAACCAGAUCGGGGACGGAGUUGCGGACGGACCAUCGAGACUACUUAAUUUCGACGUUGAUAAAUGGGUACACCUUAACUGCGCUUUGUGGUCGGACGGAGUAUAUGAAACCGAAAAUGGGGCCUUAAUGAAUCUAGAAGCUGCCUUACAAGUUAGCUUAAAUCAAACGUGUACUCUAUGUCAUACUCUGGGCGCAACAAUAAAAUGCUUUAAGAAUCGAUGCAGCAACGUCUAUCAUCUUUCGUGUGCUAUCAAGGACAAUUGUACAUUCUAUAAAAAUAAAACAACACAUUGCAUGGCGCAUGUCCUUAAGAACGAAAAAGAAAAUGAAUUGACCACGCUGAGUGUGCAGCGACGAGUGUAUGUGGAUCGGGACGAAAGCAGACAGGUAGCUGCGGUGAUGCAUCAUUCCGAGUUGAGUAAUCUUCUGCGAGUUGGAAGCUUAACAUUCUUGAAUGUGGGACAAUUGCUACCACAUCAGCUGCAAAACUUCCACACACCCAACUACAUCUACCCAAUUGGCUAUAAAAUUAUCCGCUUCUACUGGUCAAUGCGUAAACCUAAUAAACGUUGCCGAUAUAUCUGCUCGAUAGCCGAUGUCGCAGGGAGACCAGAAUUUCGAGUUGUAGUUCAAGAACCAUCAGAAGACGAUAUCGAGCUUCGGGACUUAUCACCGAAAGCAGUUUGGCAGCGAAUACUCGAGUCGCUUGCAACUCUACGCAAAGAUCACAGUCUAGUUCAAUUGUUCCCGAAAUAUGUGACGGGUGAAGAUCUCUUCGGUUUGACAGAACCAGCUGUAGUUCGAAUAUUGGAAAGCUUGCCAGGUAUUGAAACCCUUACCGAUUAUCGGUUCAAAUAUGGGCGGAACCCGCUGCUGGAGUUGCCGCUCGCAAUAAAUCCCUCAGGUGCUGCUCGAACAGAGCCAAAACAAAAACAAGCGGUCGGCUGGCGAAAGCCUCAUACACAACGUACUGGGUCGACAAACCAGCGAAUACCUUUGGCGCCGACAACAUCGAUGGCGGGCGAAGUGGCAUGUCCUUAUAGUAAACAAUUUGUACAUUCAAAGAGUUCGCAGUAUAAGAAAAUGAAACAGGAAUGGCGAAACAAUGUUUUCCUGGCUAGAUCUAAGAUCCAAGGUCUAGGGUUAUACGCGGCGCGAGAUCUAGAAAAACACACAAUGGUCAUAGAGUACAUCGGGGAGGUGAUUCGUGUGGAGGUAUCAGAAUUAAGAGAGAAACAAUACGAAGCUAGGAAUCGUGGAAUUUACAUGUUUCGUUUGGAUGAGGAUCGUGUUGUUGAUGCGACACUUAGUGGCGGUCUUGCACGUUACAUUAAUCAUUCAUGCAAUCCCAACUGUGUAACAGAAAUAGUAGAAGUUGAUAGAGAAUAUAGAAUAAUUAUUUUUGCAAAGCGGCGAAUAAAUCGCGGUGAAGAGCUUUCAUAUGAUUAUAAGUUUGAUAUUGAAGAUGAUGCGCAUAAGAUAUCGUGCAUGUGUGGAGCUCCAAAUUGUAGAAAAUGGAUGAAUUAGUUCUUAAGGGUAACAUUAUUACUGUAUUUUAUUUUUGACUAUACACAAAACACAAAGCAACACAAACACAUAAUGAAAGGAGAAACCUUCAAGAAGGAUCAAAUAAGCUAAAUGAAGAUACGACAGAGAGAAAACAUAUAUAUUAUUAUGAUGAAUUGUAAUUAAAAUUACAGGAAUUUGUUUUUAUUCAUGAGAUAAAGCUAUUUAAAUGCAAAACAAAAAUUACGUUUAGUAUAUUUUGUACAGAUUCUCCAAUUUUCUUGUUAGUUGUAAUUAAAUUAUUAUGUAGUUUUCAGCAGAAGAGAGAGUAAAAAUAUUAUUUUGUCAUUAAUGUGUAUUAUAUUAGGAAAUUAAUAAUCGAAUUAUUCUUAUGAAA